AGAAAAUUACGCAUAAUAAGGAAAAAAAGCUGAAAGAAAGCGAAACAUGUGAUGAACACGUACAAGAGACGGUGGAUAAUCGAUAAAAACGGCCUACGAAGUGCGAAAUGUCAGUGAGUUGGAUAGUAGGAGAAGCUGUAUCUGUAUAGGUGGUAGGUAGAGCGACUUUCGCGAUCAGAUGGAAAUAUUGAUCUAGGAUAAGAAGUGUCUCCGUGUGUACGCCUGGUGCCGCGCGUCGCCUCGUCUCGCUUCGCGUCGUGUUGCCGCGAGUUUGUGUGAUUGCGUAACCAGUCAUCGAGUAUUGUGUCAUAAACAUUAGAAUCAGACCACGAUUUCUCGAGAGCAAAGUACAUGUCGCGUAUGCGCGCGACACUACCGAUAUUUUAGCAGGAUUUUUUGUCCAAGUCGACGUGCAGUCGUGGUUGCAUGCUUGCGCGGCAGAGAAGGCGCAAUCGCUCGUCGCUCGAGCAGCGAUUACGUCGACGAUUCAGAAGAAACGAAACGUUGAUCUACUGUCUCGAUAGGAGACUCAACUCCUACCUCCCACCAACUCGUCUCGAUCUUUGUUUAUCGCGAAGAUUGUCGCGUUUCGGUUUCAGCAAUGUCGAUUGAAACACUGGAAAGAAUUAGAGUCCUCCAAAGCAUCCACCCUUUUCGAUGAAAGACGGGGAGGAGUCUCCCCCAAAGUGGGACCUUGGACUACGCACGGCGCACGGCCCGCGUUAUCUCUGAAGCGGAAACUGACGGCACGGAUACACGUUAUCGCUUUAUAUGUAACGAGGCUAAUUGACGGCGAUAACAUUCCGUAAUCUGCGGUAGGACAAAUCGUGGGACUCGCGCGGAUCCAUCCCUCGAUACCUUCUCGUACCGAUUAUGCUCGCCCUUCGUUCUCAUUCGCCUCCGCUGGUCGGGCUCGGUUCGCGAUCCCGUCGGUGCCAAUUCCACUUCCAGCAUUUCAUAGUAGACGAGGACAGUCCGGGCCGAGUUUGGAAAAGCGAAGGAACUGUCUCGCGAACGACGAAAGACGAUAAACAGACGGAUUUCCGUGCCAAUGAAUGCUUAGAUUUCUCAGCUUAGAGUGAUCCGAGCAUCGUCAUCGUCGUCUCUUUUUGUCACAAGAUAUAUCAUGUUUCAUCGAAGGAAGACAGCGUGAGUGAUCAGGAGACGAAUAUGCCUCUGCCAAAUAUUCUGCGGAAAGCGAGCAGCUAUAUCCUUGGUGAUUGCGGCCAGGAUAAUCGACGCGUCAUUUAUCAGGACGGAGAGGCGUUAUUUUGUAAAAAUAACGUCUGCGUGCACCCUCCGACCUUGAUGAGGCAGCAUGCCGACGUGGUACAUCAUCCCGGAUACAUGACCGUAACGUGCAAGCUGAAUAAGAACUCGAAUCUGCCGACUCUGCAUCUCAGCUGGAUACCCAACAGCACAUUGCGCAAGCAUCCGACUGCAUUGGAGAACCUGAGCGCUAGGAACGCCGCAUCGCAUCAUCAUCGGGACGACGAUCCGACCGUCCUGCCUCAUUCCCAGAUAACCGCGCAGGCACGUGGCGCGGACGCGAGACGCGUGCUCGAGAACGAGAAUGAGAACGACGCCGAGAAUGACAACGGGAAUGGGAAGCUGGACAUGUGUUUGGAGGCGAAGGAACCCGUUAGCUGCGGUGAUUGCGAACGCGUCUGUUCCGGUUCCGGUUACGACUUUCCACGUCGUCCAGGCGACGAAUCUGAGAAGAAUGCUGACGAAAAGACCGAGAAUCGUUCGACUCCAGAUUCCGUAGAGUCGAGGAAGAACGAGAAGAACGGAAGGGACUCGAAAGAGCGUAAUUUUAACGAGAGCGUCGACGAGGAGUCGCGUCUCUCCUUUCGCGAUGACGUGAGCGUCAAGAGUCGCAGUUUGUCAUUAACUUCCACCUGCAGCUUGUCAAUCUCGGUAUCUGCUGACGCUGAGGAGAUGCCGACGUGGAUGAGAUCCCCGGAACUCUUAGCUCUUCAACAUAAUCUUGCCUUUCCCGAUAGCGCGACCGCGUCGCCCGUGACAUUGCGCAGAGCGCAUCGAUGCAGAAAAUUCUCGGUAGAUCUCGGCGAGAUGCGAUCCUUGCGGUUGUUCUUCGCCGAUCCUGCUUGUACCUGCGGCCAGUUGGUAGUGGCGAGCAGAGAAAGCCAGUAUAAGAUCUUGCACUUUCAUCACGGCGGCUUGGAUCGGUUGGCCGCUACCCUACAUCAAUGGCAUCAGUUGCUUUAUCCACGCUUGAGCACGGACACGGAGGAAACUCUGCCAUACAGGCAUUUUAUGGUGUGCAGACCGGAGGUGAGUCGGGAUGAAUUGCAUCCCGAGGAGGGCCAAGUACCAAUGAUUACAUCAUUAGCUUGGAAAGACCUGUUGAAUGAACGUGGCCAGGUGGAGGACGAUCUUGCUCUUCGCAAAGGAAUAUUUUUCGGAGGCUUGGAACCGGCGCUACGAAAAAUUGUUUGGCCCUUUCUAUUGCACUGCUAUUCCUAUCAGAGCACGUACGAGGAUAGAGAGCAAAUCGAUGCUAUUAGACGGCAAGAGUACGAGGAGAUACAGAGACGUAGAUUGAACAUGAAUCCGGAACAGGCCGAGCGUUUUUGGCGAAACGUGGUAUGCAUAGUGGAGAAAGAUGUCGUUCGGACGGAUAGAGGUAAUCCAUAUUACGCCGGCGAGGGUAAUCCCAACAUCGAAGUAAUGAAAAAUAUUUUACUCAAUUACGCGGUAUACAACUGCCGCUUGGGUUACACCCAAGGAAUGUCUGAUCUCUUGGCUCCGCUACUAGCCGAACUCAACUCCGAAAUCGAAGCUUUUUGGUGUUUCGCGGGUCUGAUGCAAAGAUCGGUGGCUGUGUGCACUCCGACCGACAAAGACAUGGAUAGAAAUCUGUGCUACCUACGAGAGCUAGUGAGAAUAAUGGUGCCGGAUUUUUACGCGCAUCUUCAAAAUCACACCGACGCUUUAGAACUUUUGUUCUGUCAUCGUUGGAUACUUUUAUGCUUGAAAAGAGAAUUUCCAACCGAGAUAGCUCUUGUCAUGUGGGAGGCCUGCUGGGUCAAUUAUUUAACGGAUCAUUUUCAUUUGUUUCUCUGCCUCGCUAUAAUGUGCGUUUACGCGGACGAUGUGAUUGCCCAGGAUCUGCGAACGGACGAAAUGUUAUUGCAUUUCAGUUCACUGGCCAUGUAUAUGGACGGGAACGUUAUACUUAGAAAGGCACGAGGCCUACUUUACCAUUUCCGUCAACUUGUCCGCUUGCCUUGCACGUUAGCCGGUCUCUGCCGGCAAUGCGGACCGGGGAUGUGGGACAGCACACACGACCCAGUGAUAGAGUGCAUAGGUCACGAAGAUACACAUUGUCCCUAUUUAAGUAAUUAUGAGUAAGUUAGUAAUUUUGAUAGGAAGAUACGAGAUGAGAAAAUAGAAGAGCAUCAGUAUUAUUUAAUAUAUAGAUUAACUCAUUUCGUCGAGUUAUUGUAAGUUCUUAUUCUCUUUAUACACCGAUCUUUCUUUAUACAUGCCAGACCUUCGAUUCGUAGCAUAAGUUUUCUACAAGCAACUAAUAUUUACCAAAUAUUGUAUAUCUAGCUAAUUACACUCUCUAGAUUUUUACAUGCAAAUUACAAGCUCAAUUGUCCUGCGACGAUAUGAAUUGUAAUGCGCAUCUUUGUUCUUGUACAAAGCUGCAUAAGCACCUUUCGGAUUUUGACAAAAAACCGUUGCACAUCAGUCCGAAUUUAAUGCCAAAGCACAAAAGACAUAUCUCGAAAUAUCAAUCCUCGAAUGAAAUUCACGCACCGUCGAAAUAAGCUUAAGAAGUAAACAAAGUUGUACGCGAGUGCAGAGAUUCGCGAUAUAAUAGAUAGAUCUGCAGUAUUUAUAGUGUAAGACUGAUGAGUGAGAAAGAUAAACUAGUACAAGUCUGAGUGCCACCAGCUGGGGGAAGAUAUCCGUCGUGUGAUUCCGUAGGCACCAAUCUAGUAGCGAGUUCGUCCGCGAAAAACCAAAGAGAGAAAUCAAAUGUCAUAUAUAGUACGAAAAAGUAACUAUUUAUUAUUAUAAAUCAUACAUCCGAAUUUUGUGCGGGUGUAUAAAUUAACAGUGUCUAUUCACUCCGAAGUGUUCACGUACAUUCAUAUAUAUAUAUAUAUAUAUAUAUAUAUAUAUAUAUAUAUAUAUAUAUAUGUAUGAUAUUCUCAUACUUUCAGUAUGAGAAUGUCAAUACUUUGCGCUUAUGUAAAACAGCGUCGAACGUUUUACUUUAAGCUUGUAAUGUGAAUUGUCGCUUCAAUUAUUGAUAUAGUUUAACAUAAUUGUUUGCUAAUCACAAUUAUUUAGUGUUGCACACAGAUGUUGUAUAUUUAUUCUUACUUUUAUGGGAAUCAUUUAAAAACAAAAAAGAUUAUUAGAAUAAGCUAAUUUUUCUCAUUGAAUAAUUGUAAAGUAAUAAAUAUUUUACCUUAUUAUUUUUUUGUGUUUUUUAUAUUAUUAUGAUCCGUUAUUACGAAUAUAAAUCAAGACACAAAGCAAGACAUAAGGUUAUUCAGGAUCUUACAAAUACUGUGCCUAUAUGCAAAAAAGGCCAUUGUAACACAUUCCAUGCUAAUCCAUGUAAUCAGGAAUAUAAAAUUUUAUCGAAAAUAGCUUUUAUCGCUUUUAUGCUAUCUUCUAUCGUUGGAAUAUUGAAGAGAAAUGUCUAUCUAUGUUAAAAUCUGCCUUGUGCAGAGAUCUCUAUUCGAAAUAAAUAUAAGAAGGCAAAAAUAUAUAUGUGUGUACAUAUACCAGUUUGAAUAAAUUGGUAAGAGGCUUGUAUAA